AUGGCUUCCAAUUCGCAAAAGGAUAUUCCGUCUGAUGACAAAGCUGGUUCAGCAGAGAAUAAAAUUUCCAAAGAUGAAGCAACCGCUAAAGCAACUCCUGGGGCUGGGGCUGGGGCUGUGCCUGGGGCUGGGACUGUGCCUGGGGCUGUGCCUGGGGCUGGUUUUCCAGCUAACCCUUUUGAUUUUUCAGCAAUGAGUGGUCUGCUCAAUGAUCCAAGUAUCAAGGAAUUGGCUGAACAAAUUGCCAAAGAUCCAUCGUUCAAUCAGAUGGCUGAACAACUUCAGAAAACUUUGCAUGGAGCAACACAAGAUGGUGUCCCAAGUUUUGAUAAUCAGCAGUAUUUUUCAACCAUGCAACAGGUCAUGGAGAAUCCUAAUUUUAUGACCAUGGCUGAGCGCCUGGGGAAUGCAUUGAUGCAGGACCCAUCUAUGUCUUCCAUGCUUGAAAAUUUUACCAAUCCGUCAAAUAAAGAUCAGCUCGAAGAGAGAAUGGCACGCAUCAAAGAAGAUCCAUCUUUGAAACAUAUUUUAGAUGAGAUAGAGACUGGUGGUCCCGCUGCAAUGAUGAGAUACUGGAAUGAUGAGGAGGUUUUGAAGAAGUUGGGACUAGCCAUGGGCAUUCCUCCAACCUCUGGAGAGGCAGCUGCCGCAUCUGAAAACUCUGGGCCAGAUGAAACAGAAGAUGUGGGAAACGAAGAUGAAUCAAUUGUUCAUCAUACUGCUAGUGUAGGUGACAUUGAGGGAUUGAAAGCUGCGCUAGCCUCUGGUGCUGAUAAAGAUGAAGAAGAUUCAGAGGGAAGAACUGCUUUGCAUUUUGCUUGUGGUUAUGGUGAGGUGAAGUGUGCGCAAAUUCUCCUAGAGGCUGGAGCUAAAGUAGAUGCUUUGGAUAAGAACAAGAAUACAGCUCUUCAUUAUGCCGCAGGUUAUGGCAGAAAGGAAUGUGUGGCCUUGCUCGUUGAAAAUGGUGCUGCAGUUACUCUGCAGAAUAUGGAUGGAAAAACUCCUAUCGAUGUUGCAAAGCUAAACAAUCAAGAUGAUGUCCUACAGCUGCUCGAGAAAGAUGUUUUCCUGUAA